GUGCCAGGCUAUAAAAGAACGAGCUCGAUCGCGCCGCACAAACCCGACAUUUAGAACGUCCUUUUGCAACAGACAGCUCUGCAGACGAUUCCCAUGGCGUCACUCCCGGCAGCGAUGGCGAUGAUCCGCGCCGUGUUUGACCAGUACUCGAAGAACAAGAAGACGCUGAGCAAACACCAGGUGGCGGAGCUGCUGCGCGCACAGUUUGGGAUGGAGCCCGGGAAAAACGAGGAGGCGGAGAAAAUGUUCUGUACUCUGGACAACGACGGGAGCGGCGAUGUCGACUUCAAGGAGUUUGUGACUUUUGUGGCAGCUGUGUGUGUCUGCGUCUGUGAAUGAAACUGCCCCCGAAAUAAAAGCAAGAAAGAAAUGUGACCAUG